AUGAUGGUUUUCCAGGUCAGGCUUCCGCCAGAAGUCAAUCGGAUUCUUUAUAUCAAGAAUUUACCGUACAAAAUAACCGCGGAGGAAAUGUAUGAUAUUUUUGGAAAAUACGGCGCCAUUAGGCAAAUUCGAGUCGGAAACACUCCGGAGACGCGGGGUACGGCUUUUGUGGUUUACGAGGAUAUAUUCGAUGCAAAAAAUGCUUGCGAUCAUUUAUCGGGAUUCAACGUAUGCAAUCGUUAUUUGGUUGUGCUCUACUACCAGGCGAAUAAGGCGUAUAAACGGAUGGAUACCGAAAAGUCAAGGGAUGAACUAGAAAAAGUGAAAACGAAAUAUGGUCUGGGUGGUGAAAUCAAGAAAGACGCUUAA